AUGAGUGAAUACCAAAGCAGUGAUGAAGAAAGUAAUGAAAUUCGUUGGACUGGUGAAGACUGUGAAGAAGUAGGUCAAAGCAGUGGUGAAGAAAAUGGUGAAAACCCAAGAGACUAUGAAGAAAAUGAUCAAAGCAGUGAUGACGAUUGGCUUGGAAAAGAGAGGAGAUGCAUUGUGUCUGAUCCAGCUCACCCUCACAACCUCUCCCGUGUGACCGGUUAUAAGACGACUAAGCACAAUUGCAUUUCAUGCGGAAGAAGAAGCAUUACUUGGGAGCUAAGUAGGAAUUUACAUUACUACUGCACCAUUUGCCAAGUGGAGUUCCACCGUGAGUGUCGUAAGGUUCCAACUUCAACCUGUCGGGUUUGCUACAAGAAUGUUGACAUCAAGUAUGGUCAAUAUUCUUGCAAUCAUGGGGAUUGCUCUUACGUAGCCCAUUCAAAGUGUGCAACGCAGCAUGACGUAUGGGAUAAGAAAGAACUCGAAUGGGAACCCGAAGAAUCUGACGAAACUAAAGAUAUUGCGCCAUACAAGAAAGUAGGUGUUGGUUUGAUAGAACAUUUUUGUCAUCAAAAUCAUUUUCUAAAGCUCGAGAAAUAUGACGGUAAAAGAGACUCACGAAAGAAAUGCCAGGCAUGUAUGCGUUCUAUCACCUCUCAUGAUUUCUACAAUUGUAUCGAAUGUGAUUACUUUCUCCACGAGGUAUGUGCCAAUCUUUCUAGACAACUGGAUCAUUUGUUGCAUAUCCACUCCCUUGUCUUGAACCCGCAUGAUUGCGGGUACUUCACAUGCAGCGUUUGUUUACGAAACUCAAGUGGUUGGACGUACAUAUGCAGCAAACAUGACGAAUGUAAUAGAAACUUUUACCUAGAUGUUAACUGCAGUUUAAAUCCCGAGUGCUUCAACCAUGAAAGUCAUGUAGAACAUCUUUUAUUCGCCGCCACGGGAACUCAAAGUGGAAUUAAAUGCCGUGGUUGCUAUAACGAAACCUAUGGGUAUCAUCUACAGUGUACUAUAUGCAAGUUCGCUAUAUGCUACAAAUGCUCCACAAUUCCAAAUGAGAUAUACUACAAAUUUGAUGAGCAUCCUCUCUCUCUUUGUUACGGAGAAAGUGGCGUGGAUGGCAAGUACUGGUGUGAAGUAUGUGAGGAACGUUUAGAUCCAAAUCAUUGGUUCUAUACAAACACCAAAGGUUGCACGACAAUCCACUAUGAAUGUGUAUUCGGAAAUUCUUACUACAUGAAGACUGGUCUAACAUUCAAUUACAGGAAUAGUAAGGUUGAAGUGGUUGCCAAUGGUAGCUCUCGUCCCAAAUGUCAAGGCUUUAGAUGUUACAAACGUUGCCUACAUCCUGAAUACUUGAAAUGGUAUAAGCCGGAUGGUACUGAAUUUGAUUUCUGUUCUUUCAAUUGUCUGUUCCGAUAG